ACUGUCGCCUAGAACAAUGAUAAUUUAUUUCAUUUCAGUGAGAUAGAAACUAUUGAAAAUAAAGGAAAUAUUUCAACCUAAAAAUAAUAUUUUAUGAAGCAAUACAGGAUUAUUGAACUGCACAAAAAGCUCGUUUGAGAAAAUUAGACCAAAAUACCACGUUUUAGCGGGUAUUGGUUUAUACUUUCGGUUUCGGUUUGACCGAAAAUGACAAGUGCACAGCCAAAUGGAAGAAUCCUUCUUCAGCAGUGUUUGUCCGCUAAACUUAUGGUUCAACCAGCAACGGAAGAUGAGGAGGCAAAAUAUGUAACAAUUAAUCGUGGAUUAAUAGUUUAUGUCUGUUUCCUGCAAGGAGCAAAUAUGGAGAUUGUUGAAAAGAUGGCGAAGGCAGCCUUGAACACAAGAUUGAGUGAUGCAGAGAAUGGGAAGCUGGUGUCUGUCCUUGACCUUCCUGGGGAUGUCCUUAUAAUUCCACAGGCGACCUUGGGCGGGAACCUAAAGGGCAAGGUCAUGCAGUACCAUAGAAACAUCAACAAGGAAGAGGGAGAAAAUCUGUACCGUGCAUUUGUUGACCUUUGUAGAAAAACAGUUCAAGGUCAAGAGAAGUCAAAGGAUUGUGAUGUUAAAGCAGGGACCUAUGGAAACCGACAAGUGUUUUCCACUGACACUAAUGGACCUUUCACACAUCUUAUAGAGUUCUGACACAAUAUUGACACCCUUGUUGAUUACUUUUUAAUUUAUUACUGAUUUACUAUUGAUUCAUAUAAAUUCUUCAUUCAAAAAUUCAUUGUCAUCAAUGAUGGCUUAUAAUGCUAUCCAAUAAAAGAAAAAAGAUCAU